AUGCAUCGUACCACCGCAACAAGACGCACUCAACAGUGGGUGCACCAGUGCGAGUACUGCAGCAAGAGCUACAAGUGGAAGGGGGAACUAAGGACACACGUCCAGCGCAACCACAUGGAGCACAAGGAGCGCUACCAGUGCUCUCUCUGCUCCCGCAACUAUGCCGACCGCCGCAAGCUGCGCCACCACAUGACUGUCAAGCACCAAGUGCUAGACAACUUCAAGAGUUGCCAGCCUCGGGAGCAGAAGAUGGUGGUGACGUAUAAGGGUGGGGACGAGGAGAUCCCCAGCAGCGGGUAUGAGCCACAGGGCACACUGCUGCCUCCUUCAGUCACCUCGCACUCCACCAGCCACCACCUGCAGCAGACAGUCGCCUCUCAACCCCCGGACAUGAUCCAGCCGUCCAUCGUCACCAUCCCAGUCUAUCACCACCACCCCCACCAUCACCACAAUCCUCCCCCCCAGCACAGUCUGCACCCCCACCGGGGCAUGUUGCAACCCCGCAGCAGCAGCAACAGCAGCUUCAUCCUCUCAGCCGGGGCACAUACCCUGCACCAGCACCAGCACAUCACCACAUGCUCAAUGAGGUUUUCAUGUCCCGAUCGAGUGUCCCUUUUACACGGGGAAAAAGUUACUCCCUCAUAA